CUCUAGCUAUUCGGCUACGCCCAGCGCUCGCCAGCGACGCCCCCGCCGUUGUUGCCGCCAUGCUCGAUGCCUUCCGGGACAGCCUCUUCCAUCAGCGCUGCUUUCCGACCUCGGAUCCGGCGUCGCGUGAGUCGCUCGUGCGCUGGGUGGACAAGAACCUCGCGGACCCGGCGUCGCACAUGAUCAUUGCCGAGCGCGACAUCUCACCAGCACAUCCUCUACGCUCCGCACCGCCUGCGGGCACAGUAGCCGACGCCGACGCUCCUCCGCCGCCUGUUGCCGGCUUCGCCCGGUGGGUUCGGCGACCCACCCCGAGUACCGCCCCGGCCCCGGCCCCGGCCCCGGCCCGGGACUCAUCGCCGCCUCCGCCGCCACCGGCAGCUCCUGAGCCGCGCAUGGUCUUUACGCCCGACAUGUACCCGGCCGGCGGCGACGCAACGCUCGCGGCGCGCGUGUUCCAGGCCAACUACGACGCGCUCAUGCAGGCCACCUCGGGCCGGGACGCCUGGUUCCUCUCCAUGCUCGUGGUGCCGCGCGAGCAUCAGCGCCGCGGCGUCGGCACCGCGCUGCUGCGCUACGGGCUGGAGCGCGCCGACCGCGACGGCUGGGCGGCCUACGUCAACGCCUCGUCGGAGGGGAAGCCGCUGUACGACAAGAACGGCUUCGCGACGGUGGAGCGGUCCGAGUUUGGGGACAUUGUCGAGCACCACAUGCUGCGGGAGCCUGAGGGCAAAAGCUGAGAAGUCGUGUAUGCUUCGAGAGACGCCAGGAUGGGAUGAUGUGCUUCUGCGUUUAUACAGGUUUGGAAAUACACACGAGGGUGGGCUCCCAGAACUCUGCUUCGUGUAACUAUCUAUAAGAGUAGACGGUGUCUGACAACAUGACCUGAAUGGGGCAACAAUUCAUAGAUUGG